AUGGCUCGUAGCCGCUCGCGCUCGCGCUCUCGUCGUCCCCGCAGCCGUCGCUCCUCCUCCAGCUCCUCCUCCAGCUCCAGCUCCUCUUCUUCCUCCUCUCGCUCGGCGUCGCCACCUCGUAAAAAGGCUCGCAGCCGUCGCUCCGCUCCAAAGACCACGUCUCCUCCUCCAUCUCCUGGUCGAACGACCGACACUCGUGUACCCGUUACACUCGUGCAACCUCUAAACGUACCCCCUCCCGACCUCCCAAUUGCUCGGAAACGUACCCUCGACAGGGGCCGGACAGGAGGCGUCUACGUCCCUCCCUUCAAGUUGGCGCAGCAGCUCAAGCUCCAGCAACAAGAACAAGCUCAAGACAAGGACUCCAGCGCAGCUCAAGAGUUGGCUCAGCGACGGACGUGGGACGCGCUCCGCAAGAGUCUCAAUGGACUCAUUAACAAGGUUAACGUGGCCAAUCUGAGCAACAUUUUGCCCGAGUUUUUCCACGAAAACCUCGUGCGAGCUCGAGGGCUCUUGGCUCGAGCUAUUAUGAAGGCCCAGCUGGCGUCUCCAGGCUUUACGCACAUUUACGCCGCUCUGGUGGCCGUGCUGAACACGAAGAUGCCUGAAAACGGCGAGCUCCUGGUCAAGCGCGUCGUGUUUCGCUUCCGUCGAGCGUUCAAGAGAGGAGAUAAAGUCGUGGCUAUUGCCCUCGUGCGCUUCAUUGCGCACCUCGUGAAUCAGCAGGUGGUGCACGAGCUGCUGGCGCUCGAAGUGCUGACGCUGUUGCUGGCCAAUCCGACGGACGACUCGGUCGAAGUCGCGGUCAAUUUUACGAAAGAGUGUGGCCAGAUCUUGGCCGAGUUGUGUCCAGAAGGACUUCGUGCGAUCUUUGAGCGCUUUCGGGGCAUUUUACAUGAAGGAGAGAUUGACAAGCGCGUGCAGUAUACGAUUGAAGGGCUGUUUGCUAUCCGUAAGGGUGGCUUUGUAGACUACCCGGCUAUACACGAACCCUUGGAUCUCGUUGAGUCUGGCGACCAGAUCACGCACGAGACGACGCUGGAGGAGACGAUUGAUUGCGAGGACAAGCUGGACGUUUUCCGCUUUGACCCGGACUAUGAGAAGAACGAGCAGAUGUGGACUGCCAUUAAGAAGGAGAUUUUGGGUGAAUCCGACUCGGACGCUGGCUCGUCCAGUGCUAGUGACGAUGAAGACGGGGAGGACGACGAUAAUGAAGACGGGGUCGAGCAACCAGUUGUCGCAGAGAACAACAUGCAGAUAAGGGACUACACGGAGCAAGAUCUUGUGAAUCUGCGCCGCACGAUUUACCUGACCAUCAUGUCGAGUAUCACACACGAAGAGUGCGCACACAAGUUGAUGAAGCUCAAUAUUCGCCCAGGCCAAGAGAAGGAGAUAUGCUCGAUGCUCAUCGAGUGCUGCAGUCAGGAGCGAACGUACUUGCGUUACUACGGACUGCUCAGCGAGCGAUUCUGCCUGAUCAAGCGCGAAUACCAGGACGCGUUUGACGAAUGUUUUGCUGAACAGUACUCGUUGAUCCACCGUCUCGAGACCAACAAGCUUCGCAACGUGGCAAAGCUUUUCGCGCACCUACUGUUCACGGACGCUCUGCCCUGGACUGUCUUCGAGUAUAUCCAUUUGAACGAGGAAGAGACUACGUCGUCCAGCCGGAUCUUCAUUAAGAUUUUGUGCCAGGAGCUCUCAGAACAUCUCGGCAUGAAGAUGCUGAAGGAGCGUUUCUUGGACACGAUCAUGCAGCCUACAUUUGCUGGUCUGUUUCCGACGGACAAUCCACGUAACACUCGCUUCGCGAUCAACUUUUUCACGUCUAUUGGACUAGGUGGUCUUACAACUGACUUGCGCGAGUAUCUAAAGAAUGCACCGAAGAUGAUCAUGGAGCAAGCGAAAGCUGCAGCUGACACCAGCAGCACCUCGGACUCGGACUCGGAUUCGAGUGGUAGCAGCAGUGGCAGUGGCAGCUCUUCCGAUUCGGACUCCAGCUCGGAUUCAGAAUCGUCUAGCAGCAGCAGCAGCGACUCGUCCGAUUCCGGCUAA